CUUUCCUCGCGUCACUAAUGGUACUUGUCGCCGUCGCAGCACACCUCGCUCCCCGCCCUCUUUUACGACACUCCUUCCACCGCCCUGUGUGGAACCAAAAGGAAGAGCCGGAAAGUGACGCCGUGAGCCAGCGCUUGCAGUCCUCCUCCACCCCUCACCGGAACCGGAUCGAAUCCUAGCGUGCCUGGGAGGGGCUGCCUGUCUUCUCCUCCCCCUCCUCUCAGCACCCUCGAGCCGCUCUGCGCACAGGAGGCGAGAGAUCAGCCGGCUGACCUGGCGAGUCUGCUACAAGUGAAGAGACAUUGAAUUCAAGUGCAGAAGUGCCUUACAUAUGAGAUCUGGCUAUCUACUUGGCUCCUGUGUGCUACAAUUUCAUCAGGAAAAUUCACCUUGAACUGCAUUCUAGCAAUAACAUACAGUGUUCUGGCUGUGGGAUUGUCCCAUCUAUAUAUACUAGGAAUGGAGACUAGACAAAGAAGUCCUGUUCUGUUGUGCCUUGGCAGGUCUUGAUCUGGAAUUCUACACAGUCUGAAGAAAACCUUGAGGUUAGCAAAGUUCAGAGCUGAACUUGCCACCAUGGAAGAACAUCAACAUCUACACUGUGUCAACUGUGUUAGUCGGCGUUGUAUGACUAGGCCAGAGGCCGGCAUUUCCUGUGACUUGAUUGGUUGCCCUAUGGUUUGUGGAGUAGUGUUUCAUUCAUGCAAAGCUGAAGAGCAUCGCCUUUUAUGUCCUCUUGAAAGAGUGCCUUGUGUGAACAGUGGCUUUGGCUGUCCAUUUACUAUAGCCCGCAACAAAAUGGCUGAGCAUCUAGAAGUUUGUCCGGCAAGCGUGGUAUGCUGCACUAUGGAGUGGAAUAGAUGGCCAGUCAGUUAUGCAGAUCGGAAAUCUUAUGAAAAUCUAAGUAAAGAUGUAGAUGAAGUUGAACAAUUAGACAUGGCUCUUGCCCUUCAAGACCAGAGAAUGCUUCUGGAAUCCCUCAAAGUAGCAACCAUGACAUCAAAAACAGCUGAUCAGGAGUCAAAAUGCAGAGAACAGACGUCUGUUGCAAGUGCUCCAGAUGCUACUCUUUCAAAUGGCUUGAUGCCUGUAGAUGAAGAAUCUUAUGGUGCCCUUUAUCAAGCCACUGUGGAAACAACUAAGAGUUUAGCUACAGCACUAGAUAUCCUGAACACUGCUACUAGAGACAUAAGCAUGUUAAGUUCAAAACUUGGCAUUUCGCUAUGUGAAACAAGUGAAGAUUUUCGGACAAAAGAGCAAAACUGCAGUAGAAAUAUGCAGCAUAAAAAGAGUGAACAGGACUAUCUUGACGAAGAUAAUAUGGGAGCAGUUGGUGGCAUUCACUUAGAUGUUUUGAGUCAAAAUAUACAGUUGGAACAAAAUGGCUCAAGUGACUUUUGUUAUGAUACCUUACAGCAGUACAAUUCAAAUAAGAGUUUUGAUGCCUCUUUCUGUAAUGGCUUUCAUGUAGAAAAUUCAUGCACGGAAACACUGCAACAGAGUGAAGAACGAGAUACAUGUAAAUCAGAAAAAUCUAAUGUAGCAAAUGGUGCAUGUGAUGCAUCUUCUUGUGAUGACACAUUGAUUUCUUGUACCCCCAUUUCUGUAGCAACACAACUUGGGGAAGAGAUACCUCUUCACAGUUUGUCUAAUGGCGCUAUUAAUCAUAUAUUUCUGCCACGUGAUUGUAAUGAAGAAGAAAUGUUACAAAGGCAAAUAGAACAAGAUAUACUCAGACACAUAGAUUCUCAUCGUGCAUACAAUUUCCGUGCAAAGUACUAUUUCUCAGCAUCAAAGGAAGACAAAGCAGUAGAUACAUCAGAUUUGGAAGUAACGGAAGAUCCCAUGGGUCUACAGGGGAUAGACUUAAUCACAGCAGCUUUACUUUUUUGUCUAGGAGACUCUCCUGGUGGUAGGGGAAUAUCGGAUAGUCAUGUUGUUGAUGGAUACCGUAUUGAUUUUGGGACUCAGACGUUUUCUCUCCCAUCUGCAAUCCUGGCCACAAAUACAAUGGUAGGGGAAAUUGCUUCAGCCUCUGCAUGUGACCAUGCCAAUCCACAGCUUUCAAACCCAAGCCCUUUCCAGACUCUUGGGCUAGACUUGGUCUUGGAAUGUGUGGCUAGAUACCAAACAAAGCGUUCAAUGUUUACAUUUGUUUGUGGACAACUGUUUAGACGAAACGAAUUUUCUUCACAUUUUAAGAAUGUACAUGGCGAUAUUCAUGCUGGCCUCAAUGGAUGGAUGGAGCAGAGAUGUCCUCUGGCUUAUUAUGGAUGUACAUACUCUCAACGCAGAUUCUGUCCUUCCACACAAGGGGCAAAGAUUAUUCAUGACCGGCAUCUUCGGUCAUUCGGGGUCCAGCCUUGUAUAUCUACUGUGCUGACAGAGCCUGAUAAGAGAUGCUGCUCAGGACUGCGUAGUGACCAUCUCAGUAAUCUUCCUUUUGAGGUUCUGCAACAUAUUGCAGGUUUUUUAGAUGGCUUUAGUUUAUGUCAGCUUUCACAAGUGUCACGAUUAAUGAGGGAUGUAUGUGGAAGCUUACUGCAGGCACGUGGAAUGGUCAUACUGCUGUGGGAGAAGAGAAAGUAUCCAAAUGGAACAACUUCGUGGCAAAUAAAAGAAAAGGUGUGGCGAUUCAGCACAGCUUUUUGUACUGUAAACGAAUGGAAAUUUGCUGAAAUUGUAAGCAUGGCUGACCACUUGAAGAAAUGCAGUUACAACGCGGUAGAAAGACGGGAGGAGGCUGUGCCACUGCCAUGUAUGUGUGUCACAAGAGAGCUUACGAAAGAAGGACGUUCUUUGCGCUCUGUCUUGAAACCCGUACUUUAAACAUGAAGUUUCUCAAAUUGCACAUAAACUCAAGCACCUGAUGUAACCUCUGUAAUAUUUGUGACACUUUAUUAAUUUACUAAAGAUUUCUAGCUAAAUCUACUCUGUCAUUAUGUACAUAAUGUUUUGAAGUGGCAUUUAUUUUUUUAUAAAUCUGUCUGGUUAGAAUUAAUGGAAGCUGCCUUAAUGUUUGAAAAAUAUGGAACUUGCUGGGCAGGGUAGUUUUUAUAUAACAUAUCAUUUAUAACUUUUUCAUUAGGGAUUUCUCUGAUUUACUGGUGCCCAUUUCUUUUGUUAGCUUCAGACUUUUAGAGGUAUGAACAGUCAGACAGGAAUGAAUUGUGCAGAGACGGGAAGCAACAUACAUAUUUGGUCUCUCUGCAAAUUGGGUUGUAAACUAUGAACCGCUAAAUGCUAGUUAGAACUUUAGCAGUGCAUAUCGUCAACCUUUUAUUUUAAAAAUUGCUGUGUUCAUUUAAGCUGAUUCAGUUGUAUUUAAUACAGUUUCUAGUUGGAGGAGAUAUAGGGUGUGUGCUUUUAAGUGCUGUUUGGCAGAUGCAUAGGGGGCAGAAUCCACAGAUCUUUGAAAUCAGUGGCAAACCUCCCUCUGCAUCCCAAGUGAAUAUUGACUUGUAGCAGAUGUUCCUCUAAUGAGACUUCAUCUUGACAGUCAACAUAGGUUGCUACUAACAGUCCAAUAGUGACAAAUAUUUUAUUUCAGUCUGAUAGCCACCUAGACUGGUAUUUUGGGUUAAUGGGUUACUUCUGUUACUUUUAGAUGGAUAAGAGGUAAACUUGAAUACAAUUUCUGUUGCUUGGUGUUAUCCAGCCACACAGGAUUUGUAAUUUUAGAAUAAUACAUCUAAUGAAGGGCUUACAUUUUAUGGUGUUGAUGGAAUACAUCUUAUUAGUAACACGUCUACAGACGUAUUACUUGGCUUCAAGGCUAUUUUAAAAUUGUAUAGGACUCUGAUUCUGACCACACUUUGAAGUAAGUUCAAAACUGGAACUCACUUCCAAGCAAAUGCGUUUAGGAUAGAGAUGUUGGUAUGCCAUCUUUAUAAGAUGAGAACCCAUUCAUUGCAUAAAGCAUAUCUUAAAUGCAUGUUUAUCCAUUUCAUAACUCCCCAUUUUUUCCAUAGUCUUCCGAAAAUGAGGACAUUGUGUUUGAAUGUUUACUGUAAUUAUGAGAAUGCCUUUUAACUAUACUAGCAUAACUCAGAGGCUUUCAUACUUGAUACUACUAGUUAUUGUGCUUGGGAACUGUGCCACGGCUAAAACAGACCAAGUUCAUAUAAAUGAAAUAGGGUGUUCCCCCUUUAAUGAGGAAAAGUAUUGAAGUGCUGAAUAUAGAAAUGGCUACAUUUGUAACAAAAUAAUUUUAGUAUACUUGAUCAAGAGUUCAUAUGUAUAGCAUACACAAAUCCAAUCUGAGAAAUAAUUGCCUUUUUCAUAACUUAGGCUGUCCUAAGCCUCAUUCUCUAGUGCCAUAUAAUGAGAUGACUAUGGAGUCUGAACAUUUGUGCUAUGUACUUGUUUCUGUAAUGUGUGGAUCUUGGGAUCAGUUAAGUGUUCUCACAAAGCUGCCUUUCUGUUUGAAGAGGCUAUUGAUAAGAAUUUUUCUUCAGUCUUGCAGAGUCUUGACUUUAGUUGACAGCAGAACACUUCUAAAUUUUAAUGGUUUUAAGAGAGGCAGAGGCAGAGUUAUUGUACUAGUCCUAACAAUAUGCUGAACUUUCUUUUACUGGUGCAGGAACUAGAUCCAUCAGUCUCAGUAUGUGUUGCCUUUCUCUGUCCUUCAAACAAAGAUCUGGCAGCUUGAAAGAAAUGUUCACUACAUACCUUUUACAAGCUGCUUCCUAUAUCCACUAAUGUUUUAUCCACCUUACUGGGUGUAUACUUGAGUAUUAUUACUGACUGUUUUCUUGUUGGGAAAUAGAGGUGGGCAGAAGUAUGCCUUGGUCUCUUGAGUGAGGAGAAUACUGCAACUGGAGGCUUGUACUGGAAGGAAGGCUCACUAGCUUCAAAGGAAGUGCAGUUAUACCUGUAAUGAACGAUUGCUUCAGGUUUUCUUUCCACAACAAGCAUUUUGAACCCCUUAUUCUCAACACUAUGUGCUCUUUUAUUUUCCACUCUAGAUACGGUGUUUAAAGAAGAAAAACCUUUAAAAUCCAUAACUAUUAAAACAAUGCUGUAAAGAAUUCUGUUUGGUAUACUCUUGUGUACAGGAAUACAGUACAAAUCUAGGAUACCAGUAUUUUACACUGCUAUGCAGUUUAAAAAAAACACAAAACAGUAGUUAUGUAGUUAGUCAGUACUUGAUUCUCUUCGCCCUUGCAUUUUAAAUGUGCAUCAAAUGUCUCCAGUACUUUGUUCCAGUUGCAUUGUCUUUACUUCAUAUUCACGACUGUUCCUUUUCCCUACCAACACACUACCUUGUUUAAAAUUUUCAGUGAAUGCCAUUUUUGCAAUGUCUGUUAUAAUCCUAAUAAAACAUAUUUGCCAUUUCCCUCUA